GACUUGGCAACUUCUUACUUGGCGCGCAAGUGAACCGUCCAUGAACCAGACACGAAUGAUCCAAAGAAGGUUGACAAAAGGUUGAUCUUAAAAGCCUCCAUCCAGUUUCGAUUCCCUGCAACACAAGGAGUCUGUAGUUUUGUAAGCCAUAUUCGAUCAGGUACACGAAGACUCUCCAAAUCUUUUUGUGUGUGUGUGUGUGUGUUGUGUGUGUGUUUUUCAUCUGGAACGAUGGUUAUAGAAGAUGAUGCUUUUAAGAAACUAGAAUAUCUGUCCCUUGUCUCUAAGAUUUGUUCUGAGUUGGAAACACAUCUAGGCUUUGGAGAUAAGGUAUUGGCUGAGUUCCUCUGCGAGUUAGGCCGUAGUUGCGAAACAGUGGAGAGGUUUGAUACUAAAUUGAAAGCAAAUGGAGCUGAGUUGCCUGAUUACGUUGUCCGUACAUUGUUAACUAUCAUUCACGCCAUUCUUCCUCCGGGUAAGAAGCGAAAUUCAGAUGAGAAGUUAAAGAAAGAGAGAGGCAGUGAUGGUGAGAAGAUCAAGUACAGUGCUCUUGAGAAAGAAAUUGAAGUUGAUGUUGGUAAUCGAUGUCGAGAAACUGAGGAUCCCAAGUUGUAUAUGGUUUAUAAAGGGACAGUAUCAAGAGUGAUGGAGACGGGUUGUUUUGUUGAGUUGAGGGAUUUAAAGGGUAAGGAGGGUUUGGUUCAUGUUUCGCAGAUUUCACGUAGGAGAAUUGGUAAUGCCAAAGAUGUUUUGCAGCCUUAUCAGGAGGUUUAUGCGAAGGUGAUUUCGGUUUCAGGUGGGAAGUUGAGUCUUUCCAUGAGGGAUAUCAAUCAGAAUACUGGUAAGGACUUACUUCCGCUAAAGAAGAGCUCCGUGGAUGAUAAGUUCAGGGCUAAUGCAUCAGGGCCUAUAGCUAGGAUGGAUCUUGAGGAGGAUGAUGCUGUCCGGUCGCGCCAGCAGCUGAAGAGAAUGAGCUCACUGGAGAAGUGGGAAAAGAAACAGUUGAUUGCUUCAGGGGUUUUGGCUGAGAAUGAGUAUACCAUGUAUGAUGAGGAAGGAGAUGGGUUGGCUUCUGAAGAGGAGAAUGCUGAGGAAGAGCUUGAGAUUGAACUGAACGAGGAUGAACCAGCAUUUUUAAAUGGGCAUUCUAAGUAUUCUGUUGACAUAUCACCUGUAAAAAUCUUCAAGAAUCCAGAAGGGUCUCUGAGCCGUUCUGCUGCUCUCCAAUCUGCUCUCAUCAAGGAGCGGAGAGAACUGAGGGGACAACAGCAGAAGACAAUGUUUGAUUCAAUACCAAAGGAUCUGAACCGUGCUUGGGAAGAUCCGAUACCGGAAACUGGUGAUAGACAUCUUGCAGAUGAGCUUAGGGGUGUUGGUUUAUCAGCUUCUAACAUGCCCGAAUGGAAGAAGGACGCAUACGGAAAAGCAUUGACUUUUGGACACAGAUCAAAGCUCUCCAUUCAGGAACAGAGGAAGAGCUUGCCAAUUUACAAACUCAAGAAGGAACUAAUUCAGGCUGUGCAUGAUAAUCAGGUUUUGGUUGUAAUCGGUGAGACUGGUUCAGGUAAAACUACCCAAGUACCACAGUAUCUUGCGGAGGCUGGUUACACAACAAAAGGUAAGAUUGGAUGUACUCAACCUCGAAGGGUCGCUGCAACAUCUGUGGCCAAGCGAGUUGCUGAAGAGUUUGGUUGUCGUUUGGGGGAGGAUGUUGGGUACGCUAUACGAUUUGAGGAUUGUACUGGAGCUGAUACUGUGAUCAAGUACAUGACGGAUGGUAUGCUUCUCAAAGAGAUUUUGAUAGAUGAAAAUCUUUCUCAGUAUUCAGUCAUUAUGCUUGAUGAAGCUCAUGAGAGGACAAUCAACACCGAUGUUCUUUUUGGGUUACUUAAGCAGCUUGUGAAACGGAGACCUGACCUUCGCCUGAUUGUUACAUCUGCCACAUUAGAUGCAGAGAAAUUUUCAGGAUAUUUCUUCAACUGCAACAUCUUCACAAUUCCUGGAAGGACUUUCCCUGUUGAGAUAUUCUACUCCAAACAGCCAGAAAGCGAUUAUCUAGAUGCAGCACUGAUCACUGUCCUAGAGAUCCACUUGACAGAACCUGAAGGAGAUAUCCUUCUCUUCUUGACUGGUCAGGAGGAGAUUGAUUUUGCAUGUGAAUCUCUUCAUGAGAGAAUCAAAAGAUUGGGAAAAAAUGUUCCUGAACUGCUUGUUUUGCCAGCUUAUAGUGCCCUCCCUAGUGAAAUGCAAUCAAAAAUUUUUGAACCUGCCCCUCAAGGGGGUAGGAAAGUGGUUGUGGCCACUAAUAUUGCUGAGGCUUCUUUGACUAUUGAUGGGAUAUAUUAUGUUAUUGAUCCUGGAUUUGCAAAACAAAAUGUCUAUAAUCCGAAGCAAGGGGUUGAAUCACUAGUCAUAACUGCAAUUUCACAAGCAUCAGCGAAGCAAAGAGCUGGGCGUGCCGGGCGUACUGGGCCUGGAAAAUGUUACCGCCUGUACACAGAAAGUGCGUAUCGCAACGAGAUGUCCCCUAGUACAAUUCCAGAAAUCCAAAGGGUUGACCUUGGAAUAACUACACUUACAAUAAAAGCUAUGGGAAUAAAUGAUCUCUUUUCUUUUGAUUUUAUGGAUUCCCCUCCACCCCAAGCUCUCAUUUCUGCCAUGCAACAGUUGUUCAGUCUUGGAGCGCUCGAUGAGGAGGGACUUCUGACAAAAUUGGGUACAAAAAUGGCGGAAUUUCCUCUAGAUCCGCCAUUAUCGAAGAUGUUGCUAGCCAGUGUCAGCCUUGGGAGCAGUGAUGAGAUAAUAACAAUCAUUGCCCUGAUUCAAACUGGCAACAUCUUCCACAGGCCAAGGGAAAAACAAGCUCAAGCAGAUCAGAAGAGAGCCAAGUUUUUCCAGCCCGAAGGAGACAAUUUUACUCUGCUUACUGUUUAUGAGGCUUGGAAAGCCAAGAACUUCUCUUUGCCUUGGUGUUUUGAGAAUUUUGUUCAGUCUCAAUCCUUGAGGAGGGCACAGGAUGUCAGGAAACAACUUCUCUCCAUCAUGGACAAAUAUAAAUUGGAUGUUGUGAGUGCUGGAAAAGAUACCACAAAAAUAACAAAGGCAAUUAUCGCUGGAUUCUUUUUUCAUGUCGCCAGAAAAGACCCACAAGAGGGAUAUAGGACUUUAGUUGAGAAUCAGCCUGUUUAUAUCCACCCAAGCAGUGCUCUCUUCCAAAUACAACCAGAUUGGGUCAUCUACAAUGAGUUAAUAAUGACUACGAAAGAGUACAUGCGCAACGUAACUUCUAUAGAUCCAAAGUGGCUUACAGAACUGGCACCUAGAUUCUUCAAGGUGGCAAAUCCCACAACAUUGAGCAAGCGCAAAUGUAGAGAACGCAUCGAACCGUUACAUGAUAAAUAUCAUGAACCUAAUUCUUGGCGAUUGAGUAAAAGACGAGCAUGAUAUGUGAUUUACUUAUAAUCAGUUAAAUUAACCAAUUUCAAUCUCAGAUUUCGCCUCACACUCUGUUGCCAAAGACAAGGAAAUCAAGGAGACAGAUGACGUGUUAAGUAAGCUGAAUAUAUGCUGAAAUUGGUGAUUCCUAAUGGUUGAGUGUUUUUUCAUUUUAAAAUCACCGUUGUAAUAUCUUUAGACAUUAGAUAGAGCUGUAUAAUUUCCUUUUAUACAGACUUGUUUAAUUGUCUAAAGCCUUAGACAAAGCUCUGUAACUGUUAUAUAUGUGGAGCUAUUGUAAUCUUUUUUCACAAUGAAUGAUAAAAAAAAUCACUCCCUCUUUGCCAUCAUUGGGGAAGUAGGUAAACUUUCAUCUUGUUUAACUUCCUCCUAAGGUGGUAGGAAUACUAUAAACAGGAAGCAUGAUGCAACAAACAGCCUAAUGCUUGAAG